AUGAAGUAAAAGAAGUUAGUUACAUGAUUUUUUGAUAGCACAUUACACAUGGGCGACUGGAGUUGGGGCACUCCACAAAUUAAAUUUUACUAAUUAAUUAUUCAUCAGCCUCACCGAAAUUCGAAAAGCAGGGAAGAAAGCAAAUUCCCCAAAAUGGUGGCUCGAAAAUUCGCCGUGAGCCACAACUCCUCCACGUUCGACGUAGACUACGAUACUGACGAUGGCUUCGAAGUUCUCAAGUACCAGCUCUUCUCUCUCACUUCCGUUCCUCCCGAUCAACAAAAGAUAUUGGGAAGAGAUGAUCAAAUUGUAUCCGACGAGUCUGAUCUCGCUUCAAUAUCGGACAAGCUUCGGUUGGUAUCAAUUGAUGGAGUUGAAGAGGCAAUAGCAGUUGAGGAGAAAGGGAAGUCAGAAAUAUUGGCAAUGUCAGAUGAAGAGUUUGCUCGCCUGCUUCAGGCAGAAGAAGAAGCUCUUAUGAUGCAGCAUUUUGUUUCUAGUGAAAACAAGGAGCAAGUUGAGCAGCGGAUACGGCCAUAUGUUAAUCAAGUUCAAAUGUAUGAAGAUCCGCAUCGGCAAGAGAUGGCUCGGAAGACGGUGCCUGUGGACAAGCUUGAGGAGAAAGCCUUGAUUUCUUUGGGAAGAGAAGGAAACUACAAACCAACAAAAGUUGAACAAGAUAAUGCUUUCCUAUUACAGCUGCUAUUCUGGUUUAAGCAGUCAUUUCGGUGGGUAAAUGCUCCUCCUUGUGAUAGUUGUGGUAAUGAAACCAGAAAUCAGGGCAUGGGGGUUGCAAAUCCUUCUGAAACACUUUAUGGUGCUUCUCGAGUUGAACUUUAUUGGUGCAAUUCGUGUUCAAAUAUCACCCGUUUCCCAAGAUACAACGAUCCAUUAAAGCUUCUAGAGACGAGAAAGGGGCGGUGCGGGGAGUGGGCCAACUGCUUCACACACUAUUGUAGGGCUUUUGGUUAUGAUUCUCGCUUGAUUUUGGACUUCACUGAUCAUGUCUGGACAGAGUGCUUUUCACCCUCUCUGGGAAGAUGGAUGCAUCUUGACCCUUGUGAAGGAAUAUAUGACAAUCCUCUAUUAUAUGAGAAGGGAUGGAAAAAGAGGUUGAACUAUGUGUUCGCUAUUGCAAAAAAUGGCGUGCAUGAUGUCACUAAGCGUUACACUAGGACGUGGCCUGAGGUUCUUUCUCGGCGAAACAUCAUUUCAGAGCCUUCUCUUGCGGCAGUUCUCUCUGAUAUAACUACAGAACUGCGGAAAACAUUAUCUGCUGAAGUGAUUUCAGCACUGGAAGAACGGGACAGGACCGAAAUGGAUGUCAUUGAGCAAGAAUUAUAUUGUAAAGAUGACACUUCAGUCUCAUUACCUGGAAGACUGAGCGGAGACAAGGAGUGGCGCAUAGCAAGAUCGGAAUUUGUCUCUGAUGAAAAGAACUCUCUAAGCUCUUCAUCUUGUCCAGUUCGCAGAUGCAUAGAUGAUCAUGUCACAAAGAUCUACAAUGCCCUUUCCCCUGUUCUUUCAAAGUUAAUAGAGUACUCAUCCUCUAAAAAAGCAUCUGCUGAAAUUCUCGAGAUUUUCAGAAAGAUUCUAGUUGAUCUAAAGAAUUUACCUUUCAAAACCAGGAGAACCUCUGUGAAAUCAGUUUCAAGCAGUUCUGGUGAUAUUUUCAGUAAGAUGUUGGCAUCUUUUGGCCAGUUACUCGAUGCUCUCUCUUUGAAGAGUGAGUUAGGUGUUAAUGGGAGUAUUGAUAUAUGUUUAGCUUCUGAUCCUGUUAAAACUUCUGUUGCUCUGCCUGUCGUAUUCCAUGCCCUGGAUGAUGUGAUUUACAAUAUUGGACAAUGUGCUACACUUGACAGCAGGUCUCUCUCUUGGCCACUGUGCAAGUUGAACAGAUUAUGUUCUGGUCUAGUCCUUGCUAGUGGAGAGGAGCUGCCUUUUGGAAUUGCUACAUGUGCAUUUGAUGGAACACGGAUGUCAAAGUGGGAAGAACCAAAUGGUGCAGCAGGUUGUUGGAUCAUAUAUCAAGUAGCUGGUAACCAGAUGGUUGAACUUGUGGCGUAUGAGUUAAUGUCUGCUAAUGAUGCUCCAGAAAGAGAUCCGAAAGACUGGUAUGACAUAUUGGCAAAGUAUAGUUGUGACGAAAUCUUGUCCAUCCUGCAAGCAACUUACGUGUUUCCAGCUUUUGAGACAGAUAUAGCAAUAUCUGUUCAAGAGGGCUGGGUGCUAGAAGGAAGUGAAAACGGAGGUUCCAGUUGGCAUGUCUUGGAUGAACGAACUUCCCAGAUGUUUGAAAAACGUUUCCAAAGAAAAACAUUUACUGUCAGUGCACCCGGUUAUUUGGCAAAUGCAUUCAGGUUUAGGUUUCUGGCAGUUCGAGACAAGAACGCAAAUUCAAGGUUUCAGAUUGGCAGCAUUGACCUCUAUGCAGGUAGCAGUUAAUGUCCCUAGGCCAUAUUACAAACUUCCGCUUCCUCUGACAUAGGCUUUAACUCAAAGCUGUGAGUUGGAAGUUUCACCAGUUGGCCUAUUUCUAUAUUGUAUUUGCACUCUAAUCAAUUAUCUCUAUAUGGAUCAUAGUCAUGGCAAGGAGCUCCGUUAGAGGGGAAGUAAGGUCUAAAUUAUUUGUGUUUGUAUUAAUACUACACUAGUAUUAUGCACAUUCUUUUGGGGCAACGUAAAGUUGUCAACCUUUAACAUAAUCGUUUUCUUUUUUCCUUUCA